CAAUCUAUAUGCGCCCAUAUUCAAGCACAAGUCCACGCAUUCCAAAAUUAAAGAUGUCAUUUGCAUUUCCCUCGUCGCUCUCCUGGGUUUUGGAAGCAUCUUCAUCUCGGUCUCUCAAGAGUGUCCGCGGCUUUUUCUAACGGAUAAAGUCAGGCCAAAUCCUAGGCGUGGGAUCGUGGCCGCGAAGGGAAAAGCUAAAAUCACAACUACACUCAAGAGUCAAGAUCCCGUGGACAACGUGGAGUUUCAGUUGAACCUGCCGGACGGGAUAUUGGUUGAGCGAACAGCAAUGCAUCCGUCCUCAAACCCCAUCCACCGCCACAAAUUGUUGUGGAGGCGGAUGGAGCGACAGCUCUUUACUGGCAGCGCCUCGCUUUCGCCAAACGCAAGGGGGGUAAACACCUCUUUCGCGUCAAGAUGCGCCCGUCCUCAAAGCCCUAUACGCCGCCGCAAAUUGUUGAGGAUACGGAUGGAACGACUGCUAUUUACUGGCUCGGCAUCGCCUUCACCAAAAGCAAGGGAGGAAAGCGCCGCUUUCGCGUCAAGGUGAAGGCUGACAAAUGUGCCCCUGAGACGUUGGCGGUGGAUGCUUUCGCUUACCUAGUGAAUGCUACCGACGCCUCGUGCAUCACGCCACUGGCCAGCCCCGCCACCCUAAAAGUGCGAUACUCGAAACUCAAAAAUGCCGCGACUUGCGCGCCGACGCCAGCUCCUACCAUCAAUCCUACGCAGCCUUUUGUGCUGCUCGGCGAGGGCCAGCGGUUCUCUCAAGGAGGGCGCCUGGCCCCCUUCCAGGACCGUCGUCUCUCGGCGCAUCCCGGAUCCAGCAAGCAUGGAGGCAUCAUGGCUCUCGGGCAAGCUGGAGACCGACACCUGCAGUCAAUCGAUACCCCGGAGGCUUGCUAUGAAUACUGCUCUCUGAACGGGGGCAAGGUAGUACCGUUCCUCUUCAGCUGGAAUACCGUGACUAGCCAGUGCUUCUGCUGCGUCGGAGUGUGCACACCCCUGGUCUUCGAUCCUGAUUUCAAC